AUGGCAGGCUUUGCAGGCUUCAUCUCCGUGCUUUCAGCUAUGAUGCUGUAUGUGCAGCAGAAGACGAGCGAUUACCUUGUCAUUCUCAAUCUCAAAACCCCUCCCUUCUUCAAAAACAUCCUCACCCUCGGAACACCACCCCUUCCUCCUCCUCAAGUGACCAGAUAUGUCACCAAAACCCUUCUCAACACCCACACCGUUACGGCGGAACCAUGGAGUACUGUGACGAGCGCCACCAGCGUUUACGUGCGUACUCCUCUACCUUCAGCAGCCUACACGGCAAUCGUGUCAGGCCAAAACAUCCACGGUCACGACAGUUACAACAGUUACGACAUAGUGCCCACUCGCAGCCCGUGGCAACGCUAUCAUCUCCUGAUUGCUUUCUUCGUCUUUUCCUGGGUACCUCUGAUGUUCAUCCUGACCAAGCUCUACGACGUCAGUCGGGCGAGACGGCACUACUGGCACAACGACGGUGUGCGCCAAGCCACGGAAGAGUAUCAUCGCAAACUUCGACAACUCGAGGUCUCUUACAGGCCUCGAAUCGGCCCAGGAUUCUUCGAUCGUAUAUAUGAAGAGACAUAUGCAUGGCUCUUGCGGCGUCAUCGCAAGAUCGACCCAUACCUGCAAAACCUCCAAGAUGCCCUCACAGCUGCCUGCAACGCGGUUCUCGACCAAAUCUACGUGUACAGCCAAGUGGUAUUCGAGCGUCUCGUCAAGGCACUGGUCGUCGUCUCACGGGUGCUAUUCGAGCGGCUAUGCCGGCUCAUGUACCAUGUUCUUCGGCUCUUGUACUGCCUGGUCAUCUUUGCCGUCAUUCCGGCGUGCCAGAAGAUCUGGCUCUAUCUCAAGACUGCGGUGUUUUCUCCUAUCCAGGAGCAAGCUGUCGAGCCGUUGAUUGCCAGCAUCAAGACCAACACCAUGCAUCACAUUAGCAGCGUCCAAGCAGCUGUCGCAUCCUCGCCACUGCUCAAGAGACUCAGAGAACACACCGGGGCCGGCCAGAAGCUCAACGAAGACAACCUCCACGGCCUCCCUCCGUCCACGCCUGUACAGCCCAAUCAUUUUUAA